AGUGUACGCUUCUCUGUCAACGAUUUUCUCUUUUGUCAAUUUCUGUUUUUAUUCUUUUUUUUGUCAAAACAGGUUUUCGCAUUCUCUCUUCCCUUUCUUCACUCUGCCUUCCCUGUAAGGCUGGGCUCUUUCUAUUUUUUUUUUUUUGCUUCCUUCCUUAGCUUUAUUGCUUUCCAUUUCCUAUUCUUAUACUAAAUACUACCUAUGGCUUCUUGCUAACAAAUUACUAACAUUCUCUCCCUUUUUUUUUUUUAAUUUUCCCAUUCUUUUCUUUUUUGGGUUCUUAAUUUUUUACUUCGUUGCUAAGAGGUGAGCUCGCUCUCUUUCUCUUUCUGUCUCUCCCAAAACUGUUUUUUUCCUUACUUUAAUGAGAGUCUCUCUAUAGGGUCUCUUUCUUUUUUGGUUAGGGUUUUGGGUUCUCAGUGUAGUGGGGGAGGGGUCUGAAUCUUCUGAGGGGUAGUUAUGGUGAGGAAACAUGGAUGGCAACUACCUGCUCACACCUUUCAGGUUGUUGCUAUUACUGUGUUCUGCUUGUUAGUGGUUGCGUUUUAUGCUUUCUUUGCUCCUUUCCUUGGAGGGCGCAUCUGGGAAUAUGCUCUGGUUGCGACUUACUCACUGGUGGCACUCCUUGUUUUUAUUCUCUAUGUUCGGUGUACUGCAAUUAACCCUGCUGAUCCUGGCAUCAUGUCAAAAUUCAGCGGUGGAACAAACAAACUUGAUAUAAAGCAUGGGUUAUCAGUGAAGGAUUUACCCAGAAAAUUUGAUGAAUUUGGUAGUGGGAUGCAUUCAUCCCCGUCAACAGUUUCCAGAAGUUCCAUAGCAGCACCAAACUCAAGUAAGAAAGGUUCAGUGGGGGAUGCUGCAACAAUAGAUGUUCCAGCACAGUCUGCAACCAGGAAGUAUUGUUGUAUUGGAGGAAUCUUUUGUGCCUUAUUUGUUCAUGAAGAUUGUCGUAAACAGGAUGGGGCUGCUGAGCAAGGCAGUGAAGAUGCUUUGUUCUGCACCUUGUGCAAUGCUGAGGUGCGCAAGUUUAGUAAGCAUUGUAGAAGUUGUGAUAAAUGUGUAGAUGGUUUUGAUCAUCACUGCCGGUGGCUAAACAAUUGUGUAGGACACAAAAAUUAUGUGACAUUUAUCUCUCUCAUGGCCAUCAGUGUUGUUUGGCUUGUUAUGGAAGCUGGGGUUGGUAUCGCUGUUCUUGUUCGAUGCUUUGUUAACAAGAAAGGCAUGGAGACUGAGAUUAUUGAUAGGCUUGGAAAUGGUUUUUCUCGUGCCCCAUUUGCAACAGUUGUGGCUGUAUGUACUGCAGUUUCUAUCCUCGCUUGUGUACCACUGGGUGAACUUUUCUUUUUCCACAUGAUACUGAUCAGAAAGGGUAUAACAACCUAUGAGUAUGUUGUGGCAAUGAGAGCAAUGAGUGAGGCACCGGCUGGAGCAUCAGUGGAUGAGGAACUGCCAAAUAUGAUGUAUUCUCCAACUGGAUCAGCUACAACUGGCUUGAGUGGUGGAAGUUCUCUGGGCCUUCAGUACAAGGGUGCAUGGUGUACCCCUCCUAGAGUUUUCAUAGAUUAUCAGGAUGAAGUUGUGCCUCAUUUGGAGCCUGGAAUGGUCCCAUCUACUGUUGAUCCGGAUGCAGCUGGUUUUGCAGAAAGAGGGAACAAGGGACCCAAAAGGGCUGUUCGUAUUAGUGCGUGGAAGCUUGCAAAGUUGGAUUCUAAUGAUGCCAUGAGGGCAGCAGCAAGAGCAAGAGCAUCUUCUUCUGUUCUACGGCCUGUUGACAACCGUCGUUUAGCAGAUCCUGAACUUAGUUCCAGUGGCAACAUGAGCAUUAGAAGUAGCGUUAGCACAGAUACAGGUGCAAAUAAAGAGAUAAAGAAUGACCAUAGAUUAUCUCCAUUUGGAAACUCUUUUGCUCCAAGUCAAGGUAGCCGUGAUGAGUAUGAAACAGGAACUCAAAGUGUAAGUAGCUUCAGCAGUCCAAGCCACAUUCAUGAGUCAGUCACACUUAGCCCUCUGCCACAAAAUCAAGGUUUGGGUCGUCUUAAUACUGCUACCUCAGUUCCUGGCAUUCCUGAUCGUACCAUAACAUCUAAGGCAGCUUUUCCUGCAACCAACAAUCCCAUCACACAUGCCUCAUCAGGAUCUGAUGAAAAGAUAAUGCAUAAGGGUGGAAUUAGUGAUCCAUUGUUGCUUUCAGCUCCUGCUGCUUCUCUUCUUCGAGAUGUCAAAAGGACAUCUGUUGUCUGGGAUCAAGAAGCUGGUAGGUAUGUAUCAGUUCCUGUCUCAGCAACAGAAGCUCGGAAUAGAUCAUCCAUGCAAAUAGGCUUGCCAAAUUCUAGUGGAGAAACUAGUAUGCAGGGUAGAAGGGUGGUUUUCCCGCCACAGGAGUCUUCUUUGGCAGCAAAGGCUCCAGUGCAACAGGCAGAGAAGCUAUUAUAUACAGGAGACUCAAUUUUCUUUGGUGGCCCACUUUUGAGUGUUCCAGUUAGAGAUAGUUUGAGGAAUGAUAAGGGUUUGGGUUCAAGGGAGGCUCAAGAAAGAGUAGCUCUAAACUUGCCUCGAGAGUCUAGAUUCAAAAGGGAUUCGGUCUCAAACCAACUUCCUGUGUUUGUCCCUGGGGGUUUCGAACACAACUCUGCAUCGCAUUCUGGUUUAAAGUAGCUUUCACAUUGACUCCUAACAAAGUUUCUGUACAACUUUUCCUCAAAUCAUCAAGAUUACUGGUGAAAGAGUAAUGGAAAUUGAUGAAACCUCUCAGAUGAGCUACUUGUGCAUCGGAACCUUGCAAUUUUGGGCUGUUGCAAACUAGAUUACUUUGCAUGGUUCAAGAGGUCUCUUCUCAAAUGAAUUAUAUGACUUGACACUUCGGCUUGUGGUGAAAUUUGUAAAGUGAGGUGAUGUCAAGAGGUGAGUCUCUCUCUCUCUCUCUCUGUGUUUAACCUGGGCUAGUUCUACAUUGCAAUUACAUUUUAUCUCUUUUAGAACCAAGCUUCAUUGGUGGCUCAUGAAUAAUUUAUUUGUCAAACUUCAAUUUACUUUUUGUUUAUGUUGCUUUCAGGGAUUUGAUAAUUUGUAUACUAAA